UGACGUACUUCCGCCAAGAUGGUGGUGGGUGCUUUUCCUAUCGCUAAAUUGCUGUAUCUGGGAAUCCGGCAGAUGAGCAAGCCGGUGGCUAACCGAAUUAAGGCGGGAGCGAGGAGAAGCGAGUUCUUCAAAAACUACAUCUGCCUCCCGCCUGCCAACCUGUACCACUGGAUUGAGAUGCGGACGAAGAUGAGGAUCAUGGGAUUCCGAGGUGCCACCAUCAAGCCGCUGAACGAGGAGGCGGCAGCCGAGCUGGGGGCGGAGCUCCUGGGGGAGGCGAUCAUCUUCCUGGUGGGCGGGGGCUGCAUGGUGCUGGAGUACGCCCGGCAGAGCGCCAACACGCGGCGCAAGGAGGAGGAGCUGAACCACACGCUCGCCGAUCUGCAGACUCAGGUGGCCGAGCUGAGCCUGGCCUCCGAGACGCUGGACGCCCAGCUGCGGGAGGUCAACAGGCUGCUGCUCUCCCUGCCCAGCACCCCCGGCAAGUAGCCAGCGGGAGGGCACCCGCGGCCGGACAGCACCGCCACUCCCUGCGCUCUCCCCCUCUGGUGUGCUGGAGCAUGAUGGGACAGGACUGGAGGUCACGGAGAGGCCGGACGCGAGAGGAGAGUGUCUUGCCAGCUCGCUUGUCCCAGAAGCCUCCUCCACACUUCUCUCGAAUGACCCCUCUGACUCUUCUUUCACCCCGCGACAGGGCCAGUUCAGGCAGUGCUAAUGCGAGUCUGAACUGUUCCUGUUUUCUUCACCGCUGAGAAGAUGUGUAUUCUCUGCUUUGUUUCUGUGGUCUCUGCUGGAUUUGGCAUUUUCAGUAUUCGAUUGGUUUAGUCCUUACCAGGCUGGACUGGAGAAGUCUGCACUCGACUGCUCCUGGCUGAACAGAAGAGGUUUAGUCUGCAUGAGGAUGUUCUACCCCGUACAGGGCCGGAUUUUAAUAGGCCCAUUUUGUCUGUAAUGAGCUAAAUUGGUCUUCAGUGGGCUCAUGCAGCUUUUAAAGAAAGGGCCCAGACCAAACUGGGGUGGUUUAUGAAGAAAGUUUCUGUAUUGGAAUAAUCGAUGCUACCACUAUAGUAUAGUGCUUUCAUCCCUCCGGGGUGGGUGUAGCCUAUAGUGGGUGCUAUAAUCUAUACGUCUAGAAUAGUGUAUCCUGUACUGGCCAGUUUCAUCUAUAGUGGGCUGGUCCAUUCUGUACAGAACCGGUGCGCUCUGUACUCGUCUGGAUCAUACUGAGGUACUGAGCUCUCGGAGACCCAUGUGUGUCGGUAAAGGGCCACUCUAGCCCAUUCCAAGCUGAUUUAGUCUACAGUGGGCUGGACUAGUCCAUACUGGGUUUCUCUAGUACCCUGGCUUGGCCAGUCUAUACUGGGGUUCUCCAAACAGGCUGGUCUAGUCUGUGCUGCACAAGCUGCUGUAUUCUGGCUGCAAACUAAAGCCAUUCAGAGAGGUCCAGCAAAGGUAAAAUGACAUCAGAGGAGUGAUGCCAAGUGUUCGGUCAUAUUUUCUCUCUCUUACACACACGCUUGUGCCCCUGUCUUUGUGGGGUCUGACGUAGACCUGACAUAAACCGAGUUUCACAGUGGGGACGUCGUCACCCAGAGUUACCAUCCUGCUGGGGUCACCUUCCUAGUUCUUCUUCCCGUUGUGGACGGGAAUCCACACACACAAGGCCUGACGGCCCUGCCCACUCAAGCACAGCGCACACGGAGAGGGGCAGUCGUCGGGGCAGUGCCAGGGGUUCGACAGUAGGUGAGUUUAGCCCUCCAUGCUGAUGAGAAAGUUUAUAAAUGGUGAUUCCCUUUAAUAACUAGGAUUGAUGCCCGUGCUGGAUGUUUGAACAAAUGUAAAUUAAAUGUUGUAUUGUAAAAUAAAUGUAAUUUUCUAAUAGCG